AUGUGGAUACUAUAUACCGAACCAACAUCGCCGCGAGGUGUUUACCUGUACCCCAGGGCCUCCUUUCUUCCAUGGCAUUCACUCUUGAGGAAUGGGGGUCAGCUGCGAUUGUUGUGGGCUGUGGAUGGAGAAUCACUUCUGAAGGAAGAGGAUGCUGAAAAACCUAAUACUGCAUUAGAUCCACCAAAAUCUCCAGGAAGUGAAGAGCAAAAGAAGGACCCAGAGCGCCCCAAGACUCCACCAAGAAGAUUUAUUUCCUCAAUUCUUGGCGGUGACGCACCAUAUGGAAGCAGCAGACACGUACUAACUGUUGCAGAAAAGAAAGAAUACGCUUGCACUGAAAAACCAGACGAACCACCCAAGUGUCAACAGGUUUCUGUCAUUCAGCGGACACCAGGCCUUCCCAACAAACCAGGUUUGGCUGUAGAGCCGGAACAGGAUGCACCUAUUGACUAUCAUGUUCCCAAAAAAGAAGAAUCUGAAGAAGGCAAGAACAAAAUUGCUUUAGCGUUCAAGAGAGGUCAGAUAUUGAUAGCAGGCAGAAGGAUCAGUAGCAGCGGUCAAAUUCUGAUGGCGGCUGCUGGUCAUAGUCGAAGUGGAGGAGGAGGAGGCCACAGUGGUGGCCAGCAGAGCGGUAGUUCUGGAGGCGGGUCCAGAGGUUCUAGUGGAGGCUCUUCCUAUUCACUGAGUGGAGGUGGUGGUAUGUCUUCCGGUAACUCCGGUGGUGCUGUUGGUGGCACUGGAGGAGGUGGGGGACCAGGAAAGUCAAAUUACGGCCCCAGUUCGCCGCCUACUGGAUCACUGCCACCGUUCUAUGAGAGCUUGAAAGGAGGCGGACUCCAUGGAUACCAGCAAUACGGCUCUCAGUACCAGAACCUGGUCAACGACCCGCUUGCUAUGGAUUGCGACACAGGGCAGGAGCUUCCCAACCACUAUCCUCCUAACGGUGGUGAUGGACCUCCUAAACAAUAUUCGUUACUUCAGAACGUCUGUGCAACCUAUGGCAUAUGCGUUAAAGAAGAAGAAGAUCUCUCAGCAUAUGUUAAGGAUCAGAACUUUUUGCAAUAUGACGAUGCCCUUAUGGUAGACUCUGUGACUGGAGCAGUGGUAGACCCUCUACAGUUCACUGCCACUCUUACAUUUUCAAGUCCUGCUGACCAUACUGCGGCUCUAUUUGAAAGUCUGUCUGAUGCUGCUGAUCUAUUUCUUAGAGAGCAAACCUCAACUGAGACGAUUCCUCCACCAGUUGAACCAUCAGUGAACCCGUUUCCAGAACAUAGGGUAGGGUUUCAAGAAUCGGGACCAAGUUAUCCAAGAUUGCCUCCAGCUUAUCAGGAUGUCAAAGACAGGGAUAUCGGUGCCAAUAGCAGCAACAUUACAGAAUCAGAGAGACCACAAAACCUUCAAUUGCAGGUUCAAAUACAACAGCCCACCAAACAACCCAAGUGGGAACCAAAUACUAAUUCUGCUCAGGGUUCUCUUCUGUCUCCUGGCCUUUCUUCUCUAGAGCUUGAUUCAAGCACCUCCAUGUCAUUACCUUCGCCUACGAGUUGCUCUUUGGAUGGAACUGGUUCACUUUCUCCUCCGCCUCAACCUCCAACAGAUAUCACAUCCAUCCCAUCCCUCCAAGUCCGAGUUGGAGUUCUCCAGCACAGACUUGGAUUACCUGGUGAUACAGCUUUGGAGUUUGUAAAUGGUGGUCAUGGAAUAAAGAAUCCUCUAGCCAACAGUGAGAAUGCAACGAUUCCCAGGCCACCAGAAGAUAAAGAUGAUAAAUCUGGAAUAAGCCAUAAUGGCAGAUUCACAUGUCAUUUGUGUUCAAAGACAUUUAGCCUCCAACGUCUUUUAAAUAGACAUAUGAAAUGCCAUUCUGACGUUAAACGAUACCUUUGCACAUUUUGUGGAAAAGGUUUCAAUGAUACUUUUGAUCUGAAAAGGCACACAAGGACUCAUACAGGUGUCCGACCUUAUAAAUGUAAUUUGUGUGAAAAAUCAUUUACGCAAAGGUGUUCCCUUGAAUCUCACUGCUUAAAGGUUCAUGGAGUUCAGCACCAGUAUGCAUACAAAGAACGCAGGACAAAGAUGUAUGUCUGUGAAGAUUGUGGACACACUACGAACGAGCCAGAAGUUCAUUACCUGCAUUUGAAGGAAAAUCAUCCCUACAGCCCUGCACUUCUAAAAUUUUACGAUAAAAGGCACUUUAAAUUUACAAAUUCCAAUUUUGCCAAUAUGCUUCUUGUUCGAUCAUAAACUUACAUUUUACAUUAGACCUUACUUGCCAAAAUUCUGUUCUUGAUUAUCGUUAGGUUAUCAUUUUAAUGAUUGACAGAUUUUAUUUAGUAAAGUCUUCAUUCAUUCAUUCAUAAUGUUGGUGACAUAGGUCUGAUUUGAAAUGUUAGACAUUUAACAAGUUAGAAUGUUUAUACUUGUAUAGUGGAUUUUAUUUAUAAAGAAGUCCAAUAAUUUUUUAUUAUCAUGUAUUAAAACUUUUUUUAAAUAAAUAAAAUAUAGUAACUAUUAUAAUAACGAAGAAGUUAAGAUAUUUGAUAACAACAAAUUUUGGAUUUCUGUUUCACAAUUUUAUUGAAAUGUUUUUAGUUUUAAUAAAUGUGUGGGGAAACCUUCAUAAUGUAUUAUUUUUAUAAAUAAUUAUUUAAUUAUUAGGUACCUGUGAUAUAAAUUUGAAAAUAAACUAUUAUUAUUUAAGACAGUGUUGACAAAUCAGCUGAAUGAUAAAUGGAGUGUAGUCAAUAUAAGAUGGUUUUUAAAUUUUUCUUGAGAUCUUUUUUAUUCAAAGGAAAUUUUAUAACAUACAGAAAUAGAUUAAAAAUUUGUUUUUCCUUUUUUUUAUAAAAUAAAAAACAUAAAACUCUUGGGUAGUUUACGGGUCGUAAUUCGGUUCUGCCAGUAUAAACACUGUUUCAUUUUGUACAUAAAUGUUAUAUUUUUUAUAUUUUAAAAUAAUUCAUUAUAAAUAUUGCAUUCCAGCAAUGAAUGUUAAUCAUGCUACGACCUUAGUGUAAAUAAUUUCUUUUUAAAGGGUAAGUGGCACUAUUUUGUUUAUCCAAUAACUAUUUAAAAUGACUUUUUACUUUUAAAACGUCUUUUUAUUUUCUAAACAAAGAUUAUAUAAACUUAAGUAAUGACAUUUAACUUUUUAUACAUCUUGCUGGUUAUUAAGACAUACAUUAAUAAUCAAUCAAUAAGUUAUAUUUUUUUUUUUAAACAUCCAUGUAGUAUUUAUGGUGUGAAAAAUUAAGUAAUAAAUCUCUACUGUAUGACAAUAAUAUAUAUUUCAUUAGAUUGUCUAGUUUUUAGAUACGUAUCAAUAUUAAUUCUUGUUAGACUACUAAAGUAUUUAUAUCAGCAUUAUAAAAGUAAAAAUCUUUUAUUAGUACUUUUUUUUUUUCAUCGAUCUGGUCUAGGGUUGCCGACAGUUUGAUAGUUGGAACAGAUAAUUGUAUCAGUAACUUAAUGGUUUCAAUAUUCAUUAGCUAAUCAUUGUAUAUAGUUAUAUAUAUAGGUGCAAACCUAGACCCUGAGAAAAAAGAAAUGUUUUUGUCUUGCAUUAUUUAUUUCGGUUUCUAACCAAAUAGUAAUGUGCCCACAAUAGCUGACAGUAAAUAUCAAGAAGUCACAUGGAACAAGUUAAUUAAGCAAUUAAAACUAGAUAUAAAAAAGUUUUGUUUCCAAAUUCAGAUUUGCAUUGAGGAUACAAUUUGUUUUAUUAUGGUUUAUAUUCAAUUGUAUCCUGACUCAAAUAAAUUCCAGAAUAAAUUUCUGGGUAAUAUUUGUAUAUUAUAUAUUCUAUUCUAUUCAGUCGGCGUGACAAAUCGAUAUCAAGUCUUGGCCUCCUGUACCAGCCUCCACCAAUUGUUCCUAUCCUGUGCAGCCACCAUCCAGCUCCUCACUCUCAACAUGGACCUGACAUCACUAGCCACACCUUCACUCUACCGAAGCAGAGGUCAUGAUCAUUCUUGAAAUGUGAUUCUCAGCUAUUCGAGCGACAUGCCCAGCCCAUCUCAAUCUAUCGAUUUUGAAAUGAACGUCUGGUUCUUUAAACAAAUCGGUUUUGAACUCCUGGCUUGUCCGACAUCUCCAUAAUUGGUCAACUUUCACAGCUCCAAAGAUUUUAUGCAAAAUCUUCCUCUCAAAGACCACUAAAUUCUGCUUUUGAAGAUAGUCCAUGUUUCUGAGCCAUAAAGGAGUAUUGGUCAGGUAAUUGUUUUAUACAAUAGGAUUUUUGUUCCAUAAUAAUGAUUGGCACAUAGCACUCUUUGCUUAAUUUCAGAAUUCACAACAUUGUCAAGAGUUAUGAGGGAUCCGAGAUAAAUAAAUUCCGACAUUUUUUCAAUGGAGGAUUCUCCUUUCAAUAGUAAUCCUUUCUUUAAUAAAUUAAAGAACCUUAAACUUUGUGUCAAACGAGUAAAAUGUCUUUAUAGUUUGGUUAAAACUGAGACAAAUUACUAUAAAUGUCCCUAUAACUUCGAAAUGAGUUCUCUAAGAGGAAAGACUCAUAGAAUCAAAGUUAUAGAACAUUAUAGAAAUUUUGUGUCAACUGAAUACUGACAUUUUUAUUGGCUUAUAUUCAUGUUCUUUUUCAAUCAAAAUAUCUGGUCAAUGGUAGAUCGUCCUUUCCGAAAACCACACUGGUACAGGCCUAAGAUCUUUUCUGCGUAGGGGAGUAAUCGUUAAAAGAGAAUGUUCGACAACACCUUGUAUGCACAAGAGAGUAAGGAGAUGUCUCUAUAAUUACCGUAGACUAGUCGAUCACCCAUUUUAUGGAUUGGACAUAUUGAUUUAUUCCAAGAUUCUAUCAUUACUUCAUUAGUCCAGGUCUGAAUCAUGAUAUUCUAAAGGAUAUUAUCUAUAAUAUGCAUAUAAUUUUACUUAUUAAAUGGAUGGAUAUAUGAAUUAUUUAGUCAAACUUUUGGAGACGCAACUCUCAUUUAAUGGGGGUGCUCUUCAGAACAGCUCAGAAUUGGGAAGUGAUGAAUCUCAAAGGCUUUUUUAUAUUAAGCAUCACAAGUUUUUAAGACUUAGUUUUUUAAAAAUUAAUUUGAUGUCUUAAAAUGAGGUUAUCAGUAGCAGAUUAAUUUUGUGGCUUAAAGCCAAAAUUAAUUGUUCCAAAGACUAUAGAAAGUGGGGAUUAUUGGACCAAUAGAGUUAGCUUUAAUUUCGUUCCGUUUAUUAUUGGUGUAUUGAUAUAACUGUUAAUAAUCUAUCAAUGUCUCGGCAACCUUAACCUGAACUGCCAGCAAAGAUGUUAGUCUGAUUCAUAGUCCUAUUAAAAACGUUAAGGCAGACAAAAAUGAGAAAGAUUUAGACUUAGGCUUUUGUAAAGAACUUGUGCAAUAUAUUAUGGGUAUUUUGAUUAGUAAAAUAACAGAGCAUUUGUGGUAGAUGAUUUGAAAGGACAAGACAAUAAUCGAAUGAGCUGCUACAAGCACUACUGAUAUGUUUUAAUUGUUUUCCGUCUUGUUUAAAACAGACUUAAUCUGCUCUCAUGCUUUCUUGUUUUUCUAAACACUUACUUGGCAGGGUAAUUUGGGGAGUUUUCAUUAUGUAUAAGUAUGACUGAACUAAAAAUAAGUUUGAUAUUUAAAAAAGUAAUUAUUAUAAUAAGAACACAGAGAGGUAGAUUCGAUAGGCGUGUUGAAUAUUUCAUAUUGAGAAAGUAACUUAUUUAUUAAUUAACUUUUUAAUUAUUUAAUAUUGAAGCAAAAUAGAAAUGCUGAUUCGGAUCUGUCAUACCUCAGAAUUCUCUCGUAAAGAACAUCACAACUUAGUCUUAAGUAACUCCACAUUAGUUGACUUCAGUAUUUUAAUUGUUAUCAUAUAGUUAUUAAUUUAUAGAAAAUUAGAACUAUUGCAUAUUCAUUCUCAAGAUAGAAUAGUGUGAAUGAAAAUUAUUAUAUUGAUUUUUUAAAGUUGCAUUUUAUUGUUUGUAAUGUUAUUCUCAUUUUACAAAUAAAUUAAAGUGGUAAUAGAAUGAAUUUUCUUUGUUUUUAAACAUACCCAAUUUUUUUUCAAGAACCUCAUCAUCCCUAGAAGACUAUUUGUGAUUCAUCCAUAGAAAUAUAUAUAUACAAACUAUAAAUAUCAAUUUUUUUAAGUUGUAAUUUGUGCAGUUAAAUAGAUAAAAUUUAACUAUUUUUGAAAAUCACUAGUUAUUAAAAUUUAAAAUAAUGAAUAAAUAUAAAUUAUAAUUUCGGAAUAAUCACUGGGAAUGUUUAAAUCAGAACUUUUAUUCCAUUGAUACUUGAUCUAAAAAUAUUAAGAUUGAUCGGAAAAAGGGCUGAGGAUUUAAAAAUAUUUCUUUUUUUAUAAUUUGUUAAUUUUAAAGUAGGCUAAAGAAAUCUUCAAUUUUAAUGUAGUUACUUUUUUGCAGACUGAUUUCACACGGGAAGCAUCCACAGUAUGAACCCUUCAAGCCCAACCAUUCCAUGUACAACAUUAGCAUACAAAAUUAUUAAAUAUUUAAGGUUAAGCUCGGAUUGUGAAAUGGGCUUUUUCUAUUAUUUUUUUGAGAAAUAAUGCACUAAAUCACAAAUUUCAAUACGUACUACACAAAAAGAAUAGACAAAAGUAUAAUGAAAUCAUGGUAUCAAUAUAGAAAAUGGUUUAUCAAACACACUAUGACGAAAGAGUCCAUUUAAAUUGGGAUAUGUUUGAUAAUGUUAUAAAAAAAAAUCUUAAAGCCAAAAAAAGAAGAUUUAAUUUCAAUAAUUUUAUUUUCACCAAAAGGAAUGAUUUAAGACUACUGGAAAAAAUAUUAAAUUAAAAUGUAAAAUAGGACUGGAUCACCCAAAGAGCCAGUUUUUCUAUUAUUUUUUUAAAAUUUCAUUAUUGUAAUUAUUAUUCGUAUAAUGUAUAAUUAAAGAAUAUGACUUAUUUAUUUUAUAUAAAUUAUAAUAAAAAGAAUUGGAAGAUAUUCCAAAAGAAUAUGUAAAUAGUUUCUGUACAUAUGACUUAGGGGAAGGACAACUAUGAUGUAUCGUUUCCAAUAUGUAUAGCUGGGAUCAAGCUGGUUUUGUACUUCUGCUUACUUUCUUUUUUUUUAUAGGAUUUUCGAAAUUAUAAUUUAGGUUAAUAAAAAUAUCAGAGUAUAUAGCCCAAUAAUUUUGUAUAUGUAGAGUAAAUAGAAAAAUUUAGUUUUAUAUAUAUUAAACCAAAUGGAACUUUUAAACAAUGUAUAGAAUUGCUGAUUUGUGCAGUAAUUGUACAACUAUGAUUAAUUGUCUUAAUUAGCCUCAAAUGUUGAUAUAUUAUACAACUUAAAUAUCACGGUAUGAGGACUGUUUAAAGAAAUUUAUAUGAAUGUACAUACUAGUAACAAAUGUAGAAAACAAAAUAAAGAAUUGUUUAAUCUCGUA